AAUUCAGACUGGCUGCGAGUUAGGGGUGGAGACCAGUGGAGGGUUGAAGUACAAGAAACGACAUUAUACAACCCCAAUAAAAGCCAUACUUCAGUUCAGACUCAGUGUAUGUUUAGAUCAUAGGACACAGUGUCGUACUGUCAGAAACUCAGCGAGCUUCACAAUGGCCGACAGAGAAAAGGCGACGGAUCAGAUGAAGCUGUGGAAGGAAGGUCGCGGCUCUCAGCGGCCGGACGUCCUGACCACUGGAGGUGGUGUCCCGAUCGGUGAUAAACUAAAUUCGAUGACGGCCGGUCCUCGUGGACCCCUCCUGGUGCAGGACGUGGUCUUUACUGAUGAGAUGGCACACUUUGACCGAGAGCGGAUCCCAGAGAGAGUCGUGCAUGCCAAAGGAGCAGGAGCGUUUGGUUAUUUUGAAGUGACACAUGACAUCACACGCUAUUGCAAGGCCAAAGUGUUCGAGCAUGUGGGAAAGACAACGCCCAUAGCUGUGCGCUUCUCCACCGUGGCGGGUGAGCUUGGGUCUGCAGAUACGGUGCGAGACCCUCGUGGGUUUGCUGUGAAGUUUUACACUGAAGAGGGAAACUGGGACCUUACGGGAAACAACACCCCCAUCUUCUUCAUCAGAGAUGCUCUUCUGUUUCCGUCCUUCAUCCACUCUCAAAAGCGGAAUCCACAGACUCAUCUGAAGGACCCGGAUAUGGUUUGGGAUUUCUGGAGUCUGCGUCCAGAAUCUUUACAUCAGGUGUCUUUCCUGUUCAGCGAUCGGGGGAUUCCAGACGGCUUCCGUUUUAUGAACGGAUAUGGAUCACACACCUUCAAACUCGUCAACUCGGAGGGGAAUCCUGUUUACUGUAAAUUCCACUUCAAGACUGACCUGGGCAUUAAGAAUCUGACAGUGGAGGAGGCGGACCGCCUGGCUUCUUCCGACCCAGAUUACGCCACCAGAGAUCUCUACAACGCCAUCGCCAAUGGCAACUUUCCAUCUUGGACCUUCUACAUCCAGGUCAUGACAUUUGAGCAGGCUGAGAACUGGAAGUGGAACCCGUUUGAUUUGACUAAGGUUUGGUCUCAUAAUGACUUCCCUCUGAUUCCUGCGGGCCGUUUGGUGCUAAACCGAAACGCUUUGAACUAUUUCGCUGAAGUCGAGCAGCUCGCAUUCGAUCCCAGUAACAUGCCGCCCGGCAUCGAGCCCAGCCCGGACAAGAUGCUGCAGGGCCGUCUUUUCUCUUACCCAGACACACACCGCCACCGGCUGGGUGCCAAUUACCUCCAGCUGCCUGUCAACUGCCCCUACCGUGCCCGAAUUGCUAACUACCAGAGAGACGGCCCCAUGUGCCUGAAUGACAACCAGGGGGGAGCUCCCAACUACCACCCCAACAGCUUCAGCGCUCCAGAUGUCCAGCCACGCUUCAUGGAGUCCAAAUUUCAAGUGUCUCCUGAUGUGGGCAGAUACAACAGCGCAGACGAUGACAAUGUGACUCAGGUGCGUACGUUCUUCACUCAGGUGUUGAACGAAGCCGAGCGAGAGCGUCUGUGUCAGAAUAUGGCCGGACACCUAAAAGGAGCUCAGCUGUUCAUUCAGAAGCGGAUGGUUCAGAACCUGAUGGUUGUACAUCGGGAUUACGGGACCCGUGUUCAGAAUCUCCUGGAUAAAUACAACGCAGAAGGAAAGAAGAAUACCAUUCAUGUUUAUUCUCGUGGUGGAGCAUCCGCUGUGGCUGCAGCUUCCAAGAUGUGAAAUACACUUAUACAGCUUCCAAGAUGUGCGCCCGUCUGCACACAAACACGCCAAGCAAAUACUCGUGCUCAUACACACAUGAGUACUUUGAAUGCGUUGUGCCACUGCGCCGUAAGUCAAAUGUAAUUAAUGCAUCAGAUUUCUUAACGGAAUAGUCUUGAGUUCAACCAAUAAGAGGCCUUUAAUGCACGAAUCAGCAUAAAAGCAUGAAGCUUAACAUAAUUAACUUAGUUUUGAUUUUGUGCAUAAUAAGGAAUAACCUAAAAAGUGAAUGUUUGUUUUUUCAUUUAGAAUAAAUUCUGUGCAAGCUUUUUGAUUUUCUGUUUCAUCACAGAAUAAGUAAAAAUAAUCGUCCGUCCAUUUUGCCUUAGCCGGAUGUAACUUAUUUCUCAUGAAAUGAAUGUGAAUAUUUUUGUCAUUUUAUAAUGUAACCAAUGAAGUUUAUAAUAAACAAAAAAUUAAUACAUAAGUAAUAAA